CCAUUAACUGUUUGCAUGUUCUGUAUUUAUUGUCAACAGCUGAAAAGAAAUUUGCCAGCGUACUUGGCUCCUUGGAGAGCUUCCCCACGUGUCUCUAGAUCCUCCAAAUCGGAACUCAUGCCAAAUCUAGCCAGUGAUGGAGUUAUCUGUGCUCCACUUCAGACAUUCACCGAAGAGGAGACAAUGCUGAAAGAUAUGGUGACAAAAUUUGCUCAGGAACGAGUUGCACCUUUGGUGCAAAAAAUGGAUGAGAAUUCGAAAAUGGAAGACUCUGUAAUACAGGGAUUGUUUGAACAAGGGCUGAUGAGUAUUGAGCUUGGGGAAGAAUAUGGAGGAACUGGAGCUUCAUUUUUUUCAGUCAUAUUGGUGGUAGAAGAACUGGCCAAAGUUGAUCCAGCUGUAUCUCUUCUGUGUGAACUCCAAAAUACACUAACAAAUAGGUUGUUUACUACAUAUGGAACAGAAGAACAAAAGAGAACUUACUUGCCCAGAGUCGCUAAAGAUACAAUAGGCAGUUUCUGCCUUUCAGAGGCUGGAUCUGGCAGUGAUGCUUUUUCUUUGAAAACUCGGGCUGAAAAGCAAGGAGACUACUAUAUUAUCAACGGCUCAAAGAUGUGGAUUAGCCUAGCAGAACACGCAGGAGUUUUCUUUGUGAUGGCAAAUACAGAUCCGUCCUUAGGAUACAGGGGAAUUACAUGCUUCAUAGUAGAUCGCAACACAGAGGGACUGCAUGUAGGGAAGAAGGAGGACAAGCUUGGAAUUAGAGCAUCUUCUACCUGCCCAGUAACAUUUGAAAACGUAAAGGUUCCUAAAACCAAUAUCCUGGGACAGGUCGGACAAGGCUAUAAGUAUGCGAUUGGAAUGUUAAAUACUGGCAGAAUAGGUAUUGCUGCACAGAUGUUAGGACUGGCACAGGGGUGUUUCGACCAUACGAUUCCCUAUACAAAGGAGAGAGUCCAGUUUGGGAAAAGUGUAUUCGAUUUCCAGGGGAUGCAACAUCAGAUAGCUCAGGUGGCCACGCAGUUGGAGGCGGCAAGGUUGCUGACCUACAACGCGGCUCGUCUUGCGGAAACGGGAAGGCCAUUCAUAAAGGAGGCAAGCAUGGCCAAAUACUAUGCUGCUGAGGUUGCAACACUGACAACUAGUAAAUGUAUUGAAUGGAUGGGUGGUGUUGGAUUCACAAAAAAUUAUCCAAUAGAAAAGUACUAUCGUGACUGCAAGAUAGGUACAAUAUAUGAAGGAACUUCAAAUAUCCAGCUGAGCACCAUUGCAAAAAGCUUAGCACAGGAGUACUGAAACCAUGAGAACUUCUUGGCUGUUAACAGAACUUAUUUCACUGAACAUUCUUUGGGAAUUACACAUUUAUUUGUAAUUAUAAAAAUCUUAAAUAAGAAUACGUCAUCACAGACAAAAUCAUAAGAAAAACAAUUAAUUCCCCAUUUCAGGACAGGGAGUGUGAAACUGUGAAUUUCAUGUGUUCUAACCCAAAUCACGGGUUAAAAGUAUCUCUUUCUGCCUGAGACACUUCUAAACUAACACAUUGGCUGAAAUUAUUUUAUUGCCUGAAGUUACACAAACAGUGUAUCUCCAAUUUGAGAUUUCCAAGUCAAAACGAAAGAAGCCAGAUCCUUGGCUUGCCUGGUGUGAAAGGUUCUGAUAAGCCACCUGGGAGAAAGGACUUUACACCUGCAGCAGAGAUGUUGCAUGGCACAAAGUUGCUGUUUGUUCCUGCUGCCCUUUGUUAGCAUGGGGUACAGGAGAGGUAUGUGGGAAGAGAAGUGGCGGUUUCCUCUCUCCCAGGUGAAGCUAUUUCUGUGAUGCUGCUGUAAUUGGAGUAAUUUUUAUAGCAGCCCUUAGUGUGUUCUUAAGUAUAUCUUGGUAAUUAAGCCCUUCCAGCCCCAAUUUGUAGUACUGAAAGGUGGAUAAUAUCUACCUCCCUUUGCAGCGUUCUCAGCUGUUAAGGGUUUUAAUCUAAGAGGCUAUUUAUAGUUCUCCUUUCAUAAAAGGUUGAGUUGAAAUCUUUGUGAAAUGGGGUUAAAAAAGCUCUAGUAGUUCUGCAAAAAGACAGAGAUAUAAGCUAUGUAAGAGGAAUGCUGUGAUACUACCUCACAGUGGCCUUUCCUUGUUCAGUGGAUUUUGCUAACUUUAAUUCUCAGAGCCUUCUUGGGAGUUAGGGAGGGACUGAUCAUUUUUAGCCUAGAAAAUUCACUCAUGGAAGUUAGUGGUUCUCUAGUGAAGUUUUUCUCCUUUUGAGAGAGAGAGAGAAAGAGGAAGGAGGGUUUUGAGAAGUAUUUGCUUUUUUAUCCCUCUCUGUUUAAAACUAGACAUUUUAUUUACAGCAGAAACGUCUUCAGUGCUGAAGAACUAAUUAACUCGUAAUCAAGAGACAGAAAGCUUAAUACAUGAAAAAAUCAUUGUAAUUGCUGGAAUUGGCAAUUUGUUUCAAGUAUUUUGGCGGCGAGGGAUUGGCUUUCUGAUUUUGGCUGACUUAGAAGAAUCUAAUUUUUAAAGCUUGCUAGUCUCUGAUGAUUCACUUUGAGUGGAGCUUAGAAUGUUACAAGCUGCAACUCCCAAAGGAUUUUCUAGCGAAACUAGGGUAAAUGACACUUAGCAAGUAUGAUUUCAUAAAGCAAGCAGACUUCAGUGCCUUAUACAAAGAAACAAGCAAGGAGGAAAAGCACUAUUAAAAAGUUUCCUGACUUUCUGUCAGCUUCAAAGGGAAGUAACUAUUUUAGUGAAUUCAUCUCCCUUACAUAGACACUUUGCCUGUUGAUAGGUGAACAGUUAAUGUGACACUCAUCCUUAUGCCAAUAAGAAAAGCCCUUCCAAUAUCAGUUAGAUCAACUGCUUUGAGAUUUUCAAAUAAACAAGAGUAGGGGAGGGUAGACUAGAUGAUUUCUGAACUUUAGCAUUAUUAUUAAUGUUAUACCAUUAUUUCAUUAUCAUUAUUAAUGCAUUUCAAGUUGCUUGCAGGCUUGCUUUCAGCUGAAAUAGCUGGGGAGAUUGUUAGACUAGAAUUAAGACUACAGACACCGCAACACUUAACUACAGUUAUUCUGCUCAACACAGUCUAUCUGCAAGAAUAAAAUGAUCAUAACCAUACUACAAAAUGCUUAGUUAAUGUUGAUUAAUGUGAUGAGCUGUGAUGAUGUGAGGCAGUCCUUAGCUGCAGCAGUCUAGCAUGGUUUGCUGAGUGUCAGCAGAGAUCAGGUUUUGAUUCAUACUUUUUAAUAGGUCUUGUACUUUGAGGUACUGUCUUAGCUUGGCUUCUGCAGUCUUGCGUGAGGCUAGGAAGUGCACUUAUGGAGGGAAAGUGCAGAGCUCUUCAAAGGACUGUUAAGGGCUGGAUAUCCAGGAUUAUGUAGAAGGACUGUCUUGUUGUGUAGAACUGUGUCAGGAAUCCAUGUGAAAAAAUAAUCAGGAAAAAAAACAAUGUGAUUUCCUACAGUCUGAACUCAAGACGCCUUAGUCCAGGGAACAGCCUGAACAGCCUUAUCAGCUAUUCAACAGUUCUCAGAAAAGCAAGGUCAAGCCUUUAACUAAUGCUACAGCUGUAAAUAUUUCGUGUUUCUCAUAUCUAUAUGCUGUAUUCUGUACACAGUAACUUUUGGAAGAAAUGUAUUUAUUGUAUUUGAUUUUGGUCUACAAAAUUCUGUGGAGGAAUAUGCGCACAAAUGUAUUGUAACCGCUGAGUUUCUUUCACUGUCAUUUUAAAAGGGCACGUAGCACUGUGAGAGCAUUAGCUGUUGUGGUCACUGAUUCUGGGAAGAGUGUUUCAACCCCUUAAGUCUGAUCCCAUUCCUGCCCUAAAUGCAAUGUUGGUUUAGCAAUAAGAUGUGCUGUGCCAUUGUUCAGGAGCUGUUAAGAGCUGCCUGCGCUCCCCACCCCCUCUUCAGUUUGGGACAAGCAUUUAUGGAUUGUCAGAAAUUGCAUUUCUGCAUUUGGCACAGUGGGCACAGGGCUGUUGAUGGUGGCUGGCUGCACCAGGAGGUGUUAGGGAGUUUUCCCUUUGUAUGCCCUUAGUCAUCCCAGCCAAUCUAGUCUGUUGCCCUGGAACAGCAUCUUCAGUAUCAAAUGUUGCAUCCGGGCUUCCCCAGUUAGAAGAAAAGAAUUGUAUUGAGAAUGUAUUAAAAAGUGCCUGGAUUUGAUAUUUGAUACAGUGCUAAUCUUGUAUAUCAUGUGAUAGUUCUCUAAUAAUCCGUCUUUUAAAAUUUUCCCCAGAUCUUGCAGUUUUUGGACUGGGAGAGAAUGACUGCAUCGACUGUCAGGUUUCUUUAGUUUUAUUCUGGUUUGUGAUAAAGGUCUGAGGCAGAUUUCCACAGGAAGGGGUUUAAUCGCUACUUGGGAAAUACUCAAAUACAUUUCAUAUGAUGUUUUCUA